AUGGGGUGGUCUGUACUGGUGGUGUCUGUCUUCCUGUCUUUCGCCGUAGCAGAAGAUCUUCUGACGGCGCCUAAAAAUUGCAAGGAAACAUGUAUAACCAAGUUCGAUGGAGCUGAAGAGGAUGCUUGCUCCAGAGGAUGUACCGUCGCUAAUAUGCAUUUGCCAUCACAAAUGCCAACUUGUGAACAAUCUUGUAGCGAUACCUACAAAUCGGAUGUAAAGUUGGUGUCUGCUUGCAAAGUGGGCUGUGAAACAAAUGCUCAAUCAUCUAUUAAUAUUGAAGUCCUGCCAUUCUCAAGCUUCUUUGGAACUUUCUUCGACAGAAUCCGUCAAUUAUUGGGAGGUGUAACUGAUGGUCCUGAUACUAGUGUGGAUACUAAAACUAAUAGCGUUGACAGCGAUACUGACCCUGAUUCCGGUAACCGUGUCGUAAUAUCACGCGUUCGCAUAUUCCAUAACAUUGUUCCAAUUGACACACAAGAAAAUCCAUUUGAAUCACCAUUCAAUAUGAAGCCAUUCUUCAAUUUACAAGACAUAAUUCCACAAAAUAAUGAUGUCUACUAUAAAAACCCAAGAAGUAACGAAAAGAAUAUUUUCCAUUUUCGUGCUAUCCACAAUGAGGAUGAAUCAAACUAUCAAGAAGGGCAGCCUACAACUGCCGCAAGGGUUACUUACUUCUUCAGGCAUAUUAUGUUCCGACCACUUUUGUUGCCACUACUUAUUGCACUGUUGCUCGUUAUACUCUUAUUGAUGGUUAAACUUACUAUUCACGCUUGUCGUUUGCGCGAACAUCGGCACAUAGAGUAUACUCGUUUGCCGACGUAUAUUGAAGCAGUAAAUGUGAAGGUUCCAUUGUAUGAUGAUGGAAUGAAAACUGAGAAGUCCUAUGAGAAAGCCCCGAUCGAUGCUUAA